CACUUUAUCCAAUAUGGCGGACGAUGAUGGAAAGGUUGAAGUGACCAAAGAUGUAUUGGCCCCUGCUGAGGGACCCCGAGAAGAACUUAUCACAACAGCUGUAAAAUUUUUACAAAAUCCAAAAGUCAAGCAAAGCCCGCUAUCUCAGAAGAAAGCAUUUUUACAAAGAAAAGGUUUAACUAAAGAAGAGAUUGACCUAGCAGUUCAAAGAGCAGGAGUAGGACAAGAUGACAAGAUCACUCAAGUGUUUCCUCCGCAGUCCUCAGGACAGAUGGCUCCGUACUCAAACAAUGGUGCUCCACCACCACAUCCAGUACUUGUCUAUACAAGAUGGCAAAAAGUGAGAGACAUCCUUUCUGUGAUAGCGUUAGCCAGUGGUAUGACAUAUGCUGCCUACAAAUUCUAUAAGGAGGUAUUAAAACCAUGGUUACUAGGACAACCAAGAACAGAGGAGAGACUGACGAUCUUGGAGAAAUUACAGAGCAGUGUUGUGGAGAGACUGACCGCUGUCCAGGAGACACUGACCAGCUUCCAGGAGCAGGUAGCCAAGGAACAGGAGAAGGUUCAACAACUCUCACACGAUGUACAUGCUAAACGGUCAACAGAAAUUUUGCAGAGCUCUCAAGAUUCACAAGCAAUGCAUGAUGUGAAAUCUGAACUAUCCAGCAUUAAAGGACUUCUGUUGAACAGACGACAGUUUCCCCCCACACCCUCCAGCACACCACUUUUACCGUCAUGGCAACUGUCAUCGUCAGGAGAAAUGUCUGUAACCACGACACCCGCCAAGUCCUCACUAGUGACAUCUAGUGGCGAUGGUGGAAACAUGACAGAUGCCUUGGGCAUGCUCAAUAGCAACAGCAGUAGCAGGGAGGACAACUCUGAUGAAGAAGGAAAUAGUGAUAUAAACUUAAGUGAGACAGCCAUAACAGAGUCCUCACAGCCAAAAAUGGAAUCUGAAGCAAAGGGGGAUAACUCCACAGAGGAGAGUAUGACGGAAUCAAAGGAAGGUCAAUUGUCGGAGGUUAAUGGAAAGGAGACAAAAAUGGAAGAUGAUGAACUUGAUUGAGUAUAACAUUCCCGUGGUUAAUCAAAGUAUUAUAAUCAGAAGUGGAAUAUCAAGCAUCAAUCAUCAGUCAUGAUCAUAAUGAAUUUCAAUAAUUUUGAAAUACCGGGUAUUCAUUUCUACAUUUAUCAUAGGCAGAAGAAAAGACUAAACAGGAACAUGUAUUAAUGUUUGUUGAAAUUACAAAGAGUAUUAUGUGAAGCAGAAUUCCAGAAUAUUGAGAAAAUUCAGAUGUAGAGAAGGGGUGUAAAAAGUUAUAUUAUGUAUGCAUUAUUUACUUCUGUAUUCAUUCUCAAAUAAGCCCCCUCCCCUAGUGUUAAAGUUUACUACCCAAUUUAUCCUAAAAUAAGCCCCCUCCCCUAGUGUUGAAGUUUACUACCCAAUUUAUCCUCAAAUAAGCCCUCCCCUAGUGUUGAAGUUUACUACCCAAUUUAUCCUCAAAUAAGCCCCCUCCCCUAGUGUUAAAGUUUACUACCCAAUUUAUCCUCAAAUAAGCCCCCUUCCCUAGUGUUAAAGUUUACUAC